GGAAAUGAUUUGAGAAAGAUCCUCCUCACACGCUACUAUGGAAAUCAAAAGCUUCUCUCCAAGUCGGAGCUCGGGAGUGGAAACAGCUCAUCUGGCGGCUUUGUCAAGCCUUCAUCCGGAGGAGGUUCCCCCAUGCUGGACUCUGACAAACCCUGCAGCAGUGUGAUGGAGAUUCAGUGUCUCCUGGACAACGUCGGCACAUCAGAGCUCGUGAUCGACCUCAUCGUCAACACAAAGAACGACCGAGUGUUCGAGGAGAGCAUCCUAUUGGGCAUCGCGCUUCUGCAGGGCGGAAACACACAGAUACAGAACUCCUUCUACAGCCAGCUGUACAAGCAGAAGAAGUCCGAGGGGUUCUUCAAGGUUUUCUACGACCGCAUGCGUCUCGCACAGCAGGAGAUCCGAGCCACCGUGUCCGUCAACAUGUUCGAGCUGAGCUGCAGGAAAAGGGACGACGAUGGCGACGUCAGCGGCGUCCGGUUCAAGAAAGGAAAAGACUCGGGGCUUCACAUAAGGGAGGACAUGCGUGGGCAGCUGAAAGAGGCCUCAUCGGUGACCUCAAAGGCCUUCUGCGCCUUCAGAAGGGAGCUGGAUCCAGACCUGGAAGGCCUCGGCCAGAACAGCGAGUUAAUUGGGGCUGACGAGGCUCCGGAGGAAACACAAAUGAGCCCGGCCAUCACCAUCAUGAAACCGAUCCUGCGUUACCUGCAGCUGCUCUGUGAGAACCACAAUUCAGACCUGCAGAACUUUCUGCGCAACCAGAACAACAAGACAAACUACAAUCUGGUGUGUGAGACUCUUCAGUUCCUGGACUGUAUCUGCGGGAGCACCACCGGAGGUCUCGGGCUGCUCGGCCUUUAUAUCAAUGAGAGCAAUGUGGACCUGGUGCGCCAAACCCUGGAGACCAUCACAGAGUACUGCCAGGGACCCUGCCAUGAAAACCAGACGUGUAUAGCCAAGCAUGAGUCAAACGGCAUUGACAUUAUCAUAGCUCUGAUUGUCAACUCCAUCAACCCCCUGGAGAAGCAUCGUCUGGACCUGGUGCUGCAGCUCAAGAACAAUGCCUCCAAGCUCCUAUUGGCCAUCAUGGAGAGUCGCCAUGACAGCGAGAACGCAGAGAAGAUCCUGUACAAGAUGAGACCCACCGAACUGGUGGAUGUGAUGAAGGAAGCCUACGCUCAGAGUCUGGAGAGCGAGGAGGACGAGGACGGUGCUGGAGACCAGAUCAAGCCCAGAGACGUCGGACACAACAUUUACAUCCUGGCCCAUCAACUGGCACGGCACAAUAAGAUCCUGCAGCAGAGCCUGAGGCCGGGGUCUGUGUUGGGAACCGUGUGUGUGGUCGACCCCGACAGUGAAAAGGACGACGCCCUUCAUCACUAUGCCAACCACACAGCCCAGAUAGAGAUUGUGCGUCAUGACCGCACCAUGGAGCAGAUCGUGUUUCCGGUCCCUAACAUCUGCGAGUACCUCACAGAGGAGUCCAAGGUGCGAGUGUUCACCACCACCGAGAGAGACGACCAGGGCAGCAAGGUGAACGACUUCUUCCAGCAGUUUGACAACCUGUACAACGAGAUGAGGUGGCAGAAGAAGAUCCGCAAGAAUAAGGCUCUGUUCUGGUUCUCGAGACACAUCUCUCUGUGGGGGAGCAUCUCCUUCUACCUGGCCUGUCUGGUCAACAUCGCCGUGGCUGUGUUCUACCCCUUUGGUGACGAUGGAGAUGAAGGCACCUUGUCCCCGUUCUGGAAUAUCUCUCUGUGGGUGGCACUGGGGAUGUUCACCGCGUUACUUCCUGUCUUACCUAAGCCGUGGGGCAUCCUGUUCUUUCUGGUCUCCCUCAUUCUACGUGCCAUCUACACUAUGGGCCUCGCUCCCGCCCUGCUGUUGCUGGGUACUGUCAAUCUUUUCAACAAGUUGGUCUUUCUUGUGAGUUUUGUGGGCAACCAGGGGACGUUCACUCGAGGCUACAAAGCAGUCGUAAUGGACAUGCUCUUCAUCUACCAUCUGGGCUACGCUACCAUCUGCGUCCUGGGGCUCUUUGUGCAUGAGUUCUUCUUCAGCUUUCUGCUGUUCGACCUGGUGAUCCGAGAGGAGACGCUGCUCAACGUGAUCAAAAGUGUGACGAGAAACGGCCGCUCCAUCAUCCUGACGGCCGUUCUCGCCAUCUUCCUCGUCUACUUCUUCUCCAUCAUCGGCUUCCUCUUCUUCAAGAACGACUUCCGCAUGGAGGUGGACCACCUUCUCCCGCCAGGGGAAUUAUUGGGUAGCAAAGGAGUUCCUGGCACAUGUGUGAAAGAUAGCUGCCCUGAUGCAACACCAGAUAAAGACGACAAGAUAGAGCGCGUGUGCGACACUCUGCUCAUGUGUAUCAUCACAGUGUUAAACCAGGGACUCCGUAAUGGAGGAGGUGUGGGAGACAUUCUCAGGAGACCCUCCAACCAGGAGCCACUGUUUGCAGCGCGGGUGGUUUAUGACCUGCUGUUCUUCUUCGUCGUCAUCAUCAUCGUUCUUAACCUCAUCUUUGGCGUCAUCAUCGACACCUUCGCUGACUUGAGGAGCGAGAAACAAAGGAAGGAGGAGAUCCUGAAGACCACCUGCUUCAUCUGUGGUCUGGAAAGAGACAAGUUUGACAACAAGACAGUGUCCUUCGAGGAGCACAUCAAAUCUGAACACAACAUGUGGCACUACCUUUACUUCCUGGUCCUGGUGAGGGUGAAGGAUCCGACAGAGUACACCGGCCCUGAGAGCUACGUGGCCCAGAUGAUCGCGGAGAAGAACUUGGAGUGGUUCCCCAGGAUGAGAGCCAUGUCUCUGGUGAGCAGCGAGGGAGACAACGAGCAGAACGAGAUGCGCUCUCUGCAGGAGAAGCUGGACAGCACCAUCACUCUGGUGAUGCAGCUGUCAGGCCAGCUGUCUGAGCUCAAGGAAAAGAUGACAGAACAGAGGAAGAACAAGCAGAGGCUUGGGUUUCUGGGUCCUCCUCAGCCCAACCAUCACGUCCCGAGCCACUGAGAGGCUCCAACAGGACACAGUGAUGGGACCAGAGGAGUGUGGGUGAACACCACAUGAGAGAGCCAAGACACACAGAAACUUCAGAACAAUACAAGAACUACAAGAACAUUUAAGAGUAGUUCAAGACGGACAGUUUUAACACGGUGCCUUUACUAUGACACAAACCCGUUCUGUGCCUUCAGAAUCCCUUUAUUGACCGUCUGUACACACCCCUACAGAGGAAGUGAGUGACUGGCCCGGCACGGCACACAUCUACCAGUGUAGUGCUCGAGUGCCAGAGAGAGGUCGAGGGUUGUUAAGGGGCAAGGUUAACGGUUAAGUGCUGUCAAGUCUGUGGACGGCCGUCUCUCCUCGGCUGUCUCAGCGCCGACGUGUCAGAGAGCGAGGCCGACCGACCGCACAGCCUGGUGCUGAACAGAGAAGUUCGAGAAGUGUGUGUGUGCCAACAUAAAGUAUUCUCCCCUUUAUGUUUUCAUUCUCUGAAAGUAUUAUAGAGAACACUUUCAAUUCAUAACUGGAGUAUUAUUUUUUUGCCUUUUUUGAAAAAACAACCAUGCUGCCUUACUCGUUAACUUUUAUAAACCUACAACUGCUAAUAGUUCUCUUUUUUAAAGGAAACAGAUGAAAGCUUCUAACUGGAAACAUGGUUAAAUAUGUGGGUAUUCAUUUAGCAUGCUUAGUGUUUAUAAAUUGCCUUCACUGCAUCAUCUCAGUUCCCUUUUACAGAUUUAUAUAAGUGACAUAAAUGUGAAUAGAAAUAAUAACGACCUGUGCAGAACUUACUUGAAGAUUCUUUUUUUUAAUUUAAAUCUUACGUCGGUACAAAGUGUAGUGAUGACUGAGGAUGGGAAGCUCAUACUGUAAUGUUUAACUAUAUCUGCUCGUAUCAUCUUCUUCCUCUACUGUUUUUUUUUUAACUUGUCAAUCAUCCUCACGUGUCUCUCUUGGAGUGCGAUUGAUUGUUUAGUGUGUACUUCUGUUUUAAACUUGCACAAACUCAACGGCAGAAUGUGAUUCUAACUGUCCUGUGACACUUCCUGUUUCAGUAUAAUGUAUAGAGAGAUGUGUUUUUAUGUGGUCUGGUGUAAUAAACGUGUAAAAACAA